GGGCUUUGUUUAGUGGACGUAACAGGCCAAUGGGCGGCCCAAUGGGCCAAUCAAAUUUGAGAGGUCCACAAAAUGGUUCACAAAGCCCAUAAACCAGUAUCAUCCCCUUUACGCCCCAAACCCUAACUGUGCGGGAAUAGCGAUAUAUAUACUCUCCAUUUCACUCGUGUGGCAGCCGCUCGAGUUGUUGCCGGUAGCUUCAACAGCGUCUACCCUGAAAGCCUAGGAGCCUUAUCGGAGAAGCUCAGGGAAGGAGAAGAAAUCAAUGGCGCCAAAGAAGGAGAAGGCUCCUCCUCCGUCUUCCAAGCCUGCUAAGUCUGGCGGAGGGAAACAGAAGAAAAAGAAAUGGAGCAAAGGCAAGCAAAAGGAGAAGGUGAACAACAUGGUUUUGUUUGAUCAAGGCACUUAUGACAAGCUUCUCACAGAGGUUCCAAAGUACAAGCUUAUUACUCCUUCUGUAUUGUCCGACAGAUUGAGGAUUAGUGGAUCUCUAGCACGCAGAGCAAUCAAGGAUUUGAUGGCGAGAGGUUCGAUUAGGAUGAUAUCUUCUCAUGCUAGCCAGCAGAUUUACACUAGGGCCACCAACACCACCUAAUGGAGAACUAAAGGAGUAGUUUUGACCCCUAGAGUUGAGUGGAAAUUAGCAUUGCCUAUUGCUCUGUUGUUCCUUUCAUUGAACAGGUCUCUUAGAUGGUUAUUCAGUUACUGGCAACUUUUAUUUAGCUUACUCUCUUCUGGAUUCUUUGCCCUCUUCCGUAAUGAGCAUUGUGUGUGGAAUCAACAUAAUUAUUUUGCAAUAUAUUUUGAUUUUUUU